GUGUACCUCUCGGCACCCACACGUCUGUCUUACAAACAGAACUGAUGGGAAUAAUGCUGGGAGCUAGAAUCAUUGCUGAACGUGAAAUCGGCAACAAAUCAAUACGCAUACUUACUGACAGCAAGUCUGCACUACUAGCCCUGGACAGCUGUAUGGUUCGAUCCGGGCUGGUUUGGGAGUGCAGACAAACGCUAAAGUAUGUAACGCAGAGGAAUAGUGUGGAACUUUGUUGGAUCAAAGGACACAGUGGCAACGAAGGAAACGAGAGGGCAGAUGAGAUGGCGAAGCGAGCCGCGCGCAUGCCCUUCUGGGGACCCGAACCGGCAAUCACGCCUUCGGUCGCCCUCUCGAACGAACUCGUAAAGCAAUAUACCCAUAGACGCCAUGAGCAGAUAUGGGCGACGUUGAGCAGCUGUCGGCAUAGUAGAGCUUGGACAAACUGCGUAAACUGGUAGGAUUCCUUACGGGACAUUACCAGUUUAACAAACAUCUACAUACGAUAGGGGUAGUAACAGACCCAAUCUGUCGUGGAUGCAAUGAAGAAGAGGAAACA